GGUUUCGCUAUGGGAGUGAUAUAGUUCCUUUUUCAAAGGAAGAUGAAGAGCAGAUGAAAUACAAAACAGAAGCAAAAUGUUUUUCUGUUUUGGGAUUCAGCAGAUCCUCUCAGAUCCAGAGGCAUUACUACAUGGGCAACCAGGUUCUGAAGGUCUUUGCAGCGAAAGAUGAUGAGAGCGCAGCAGUUGCUUUUUCUGCCCUUGUUCAUGCAUUGGAUGAGAUGCAAAUGGUAGCUAUAGUGCGCUAUGCUUAUGAUAGAAGAUGCAACCCUCAAGUUGGCGUAGCUUUUCCGUAUAUUAAGGACGCAUACGAGUGUCUCAUCUAUGUGCAACUACCCUACAUGGAAGACUUAAGACAGUACAUAUUUUCAUCCUUGAAAAACAACAAAAAAUGCAUUCCUACAGCGGAUCAGUUAUCUGCUGUUGACUCUUUGAUUGAUUCUAUGAAUUUGGUUUAUGAAGAUGAUGAUGGAGAAACUUUUGAGGACCUGUUCAAGCCCAGCAAAAUCCCAAACCCUCAUUUUCAGAGGUUAUAUCAGUGUUUGCAGCAUAAGGCUUUUCACCCCAGUGAGCCAUUGCCACCAAUUGAACAGCAACUUUUGGAGAUGCUAGAGAUGCCCUCUGUGGUAAAAGAAAGGUGUCAGGCUCCUCUUGAGAAAGUAAAAGCACUUUUCCCCCUAAAGGAAGUUGGCAAGAAAAAAGAAGAGAAGACUGCUCAAGACAUCUUCAAAGACAACAGUGAAGAUGGAUCCACCUCUAAGAAACCAAAAACUGAAGAUGAGGAAGGUAGCUUUAGCAUCAUAAAACUUUCUGAAGGCAAUGUCACCUCUGUUGGCAGUGUUAACCCAGCAGAAGAUUUCCGAACUCUGGUGAGGCAGAAAAAUGCUGACUUCAGAGAUGUGAGUCAGCAGUUGAUAAACCGCAUUGAUCAGUUUCUGGAAAAUAAAGGUUCACAGUACUACAUGAAAGGGAUCAAUUGUAUCAGAGUUUUCAGAGAGGAGGCUAUUAAGCUGUCCAAGAUGCAGUGCUUUAAUGACUUUCUGCAGGCCCUGAAAUCAAAGGUGGAAGAUAAAGCCUUAGCUGAUUUCUGGGAGAUCAUGAUACAAGACAGAAUUUCUUUGAUCACUAAAGAUGAAGCAGAGGGAAGUCUGGUGACUAGUGAAGAGGCUGAAAAGUUUUUGGCUCUGGAAGAAAAGAAAAAUGAAACUCUGCCUCCCACAGAUGAAGGUGGUGAUGUUGAUGAUUUGCUGGACAUGAUGUGA